AUGGAACUCCCUUCGGCAAGGCCGUAUCCCUACAAGUUCCCGCAAGAGUCAACAGCACUCAUAAUCAUCGACAUGCAGCGGGAUUUCGUGGACCUCAGCGGCUUCGGCAUGAUCCAGUGUGGCAACGACGAAAUAUUCAAGAAGGUCAGGAACAUUGUCCCACGAACGCGAAAAGCGCUUGAAGCGGCGCGAGCACUGGGUCUCCAGGUCAUUCACACGCGAGAAGGCCACAAACCGGACCUAUCUGAUCUGCCUGCGUCAAAGCGACUGAGACAAGUAUCUGCACCAUCAGGGCAUCACACCAUGACGAUUGGAGACCAAGGGCCCAUGGGCAGAUUACUUGUGCGAGGUGAAUACGGGCACGGCAUUAUUGACGAGCUCACGCCCAUUCCUGGUGAAUCUGUCAUCGACAAACCUGGCAAAGGCUCGAUGUGGGACACAUCUUUACAUCGCACACUUCUCGCUCGAGGUAUUACCCACCUUCUGUUCGCUGGAGUGACGACAGAAUGCUGCGUCAGCACUACUGCACGAGAAUGCGCCGACAGAGGCUUUGAGGUCUGCGUGCUGUCAGAUUGCACUGAUGGCUUCGACUCUGCUUUCUACACGAGCACAUUAGACAUGCUUUGCUCCUACGACGGCCUUUUUGGCUUCGUUGGCACAUCGAACGAAUUGCUGAGUUACGCACCACCUCAGACACAAACACCACCAACAACGCCGCCCGGCUUCACAGGAGACAUCUCCUUGUCUGCACUUCGCAAGCAGUAUAGCUCUGGGCAGUUGCGCCCCACGGAGGUCAUCAAGCAAAUCAGCGCCCGCAUCGAAGACUUCAAAAAGAAAGAUCCUGCCGUCUGGACUCAUGUCGAGGAACCCGAGAAGUUACUUCGAGCCGCGAAGGCAGUGGAAGAUCAAUUUGCCAGCAAACCACUCCCUGAGCUAUAUGGUGUUCCAUUUGGAGUCAAAGACAACAUCGACGUCGCCGGUGUCAAGACUACUAACGGCUGUGAAGCAUAUGCAUUUGUGCCACAACAAAGCGCAAGAGUCGUGGAAGACCUGCUGGAGGCUGGAGCAAUAUUCGUCGGCAAAACUAAUAUGGAUCAACUUGCGACAGGCUUGUCAGGAUGCCGCUCGCCCUACGGCACACCUCGAAGUGUCUAUGGAAAUAAUCGUAUCUCGGGUGGCUCAUCUUCUGGCUCCGCUGUAGCUGUUGCGGCUGGACUGGUAUCCUUUGCUCUAGGCACAGACACAGCGGGCUCCGGAAGAGUGCCGGCAGCUUUCAAUGGACUUGUCGGCCACAAGCCGACGAAAGGAACGCUCAGCGCAAGGGGUCUCGCACCAGCUUGUCAGAGCCUGGACACUAUCACCAUAAUGGCAUCAACAGUGGAAGAUGCUAGGAAAGUUUGGCUUGCUGCAGACACAGGCAUAGAUGAAAAUGAUCCGUAUGCCAAAUCGCCACUGUCGCUUGCACUGUGGCAGUCUGAGUUUCGAGGCGUCAAAGCCGCCGGGUUCAGAUUUGGGGUUCCGCCAGCAUCUGCGUUGAGCAACUGCUCCCAGACCUACCAGUCACAAUUCAUCGCUGCCGUUGAGAGACUGAAGAGAGCUGGUGGAACCCCACAUGAGGUCGAGUGGGAGCCUUUCGAAGGCGGUAGUGAUCUCCUGUACGAUGCUUCCCUGGUCCAAGAGCGUAUUGCUUGCAUUGGACCAGACUUCAUUGCCAGCAAUCUCAACAAGUUUCAGCCGGCGACGAAGAAGGUCUUUGAAGCUGCGCUGAACAAGGACAUUAAGCCUUGGCAAGUGUUUCGAGACCAACAUCUACAGGCCAAAUACACCCGUGAAGCUGCCAAAAUCUUCAAGAACAUAGAUGUUCUACUGGUGCCAACCACGACCUGCCAUCCUACGGUCGCAGAGAUGGAGGCAGAUCCAUUGGCCUUGAAUGCCAAGCUCGGAUACUUCACACACUUCGCGAACGUUCUCGAUCUCUGCGGCAUUGCCCUGCCUGCAUCUAUACACCAAGCGACCAACGGUGAGAGACUGCCAUUCGGAGUGACGCUGCUCGGUGCUCCUGGCACUGAUGGCAGGGUCUACGAUAUUGCUCGCGAGUUCGAACGGACAACAUGA